CAGUUUGUUCUAGUUGCACUGCAAAAAUCACCUUGUUACGACGUACAAUGAUUGAGAGCGAAUAAAAACAAAAUCGAUUUUCUAAUUUUUGAUCCGAAUUACCCCUAACGAGUGUAUAUAUAUAUGUUGACAUUAUGUAGUACGCGAGAGAAAGGAGAAAAAUUAUAUGAUAUUCAAUAGGAGUAGGUAGGUAGAUAGAUAUACAGCGACAUCUUGAAUUUUUUAUUUGAUUACACUUUUAUUUUUAAACUUGAUAGAAACUACGGAGGCAAUAGAAAGUAUUUAUAUAGGAACAUGCUAAUGUAGUACGAGGAUUUUCUGACUAUUACAUGUUGCUGCUUGUGAUUCGCCUCGAACUGUAUCCAAUCACAUCCACUGUGUUUCACUUUCUCUGCAAAUCUAUUUAUAAAUUUAUUAUUUCUCCGAUAUCCCAGAUUUUUAUAUUCAAAUUUUUUAUAUGAGGUGAUUAUUUCGUAUGUUGUCCAUGUACAGGGUUGGAAAUAAUAUUUUGAUAUGGGGGUACUGCUAUAAUUUCAAAUAGAGUAAAUAAUGAAUUUUAUACCAAAUGAAAGCUCGUCGAAAACGGGAUUUAUUGGUACUAAAUAGUAAUAGUUAUGGAAACUUUUUAACAUCGAACUUAAGAAAUUGGCAGAAAUUUUCUACAUUUUUUCGCGUAGAAAAUCAAGGCGCCAGUAAUUCAGAAAUGGAGUCAAAUUUUUUCUUCGAUAUUUUCACAUAGUUCGAUAAAGCUCGUCGAGCUCUAUAAAACUGUACAUAUUAGAAGUUUUUUAAGCCAUUGUUCUGAGAUAAAAAAUUCAAAAACUAGUUGGAAUAACCUUAAAAGAUGUUAAUAAACGCAUUUUUUUAUAUCGAAGAAAAACACUCGAGUUUUCAGUAAAAUUAGCUUUUUUCAUUUUUUUUACUGUCACAUACGCUUCGAAAUAUACUCAUCAGAUGUAGCGUGAAAAACUGCGUCUAGUGCGUAUAUUUCGAAGCGUAUGUGAUAGUAAAAACAACGAAAAAGCUAAUUGUACUGAAAACUCGAGUGUUUUUCUUCGAUAUAAAAAAAUGCGUUUUUCAACAUUUUUUAAGAUUUUUCCAACUAGUUUUUGAAGUUUUCAUCUCAGAAAAAUGGGUUAACAUUUUUUUAAUAUAUAUAGUUUUAUAGAGCUCGAUGAGCUCUAUCGAACUAUGUAAAAAUAUCCAAGAAAAAAUUUGACUCCAUUUCUGAAUUACUGGCGCCUUGGUUUCUAUGCCAAAAAAUGUAGAAAAUUUCUGCCAGUUUCUUAAGUUCGAUGUUAAAAGGUUUCCAUAACUAUUACUAUUUAGUACCAAUAAAUCCCGUUUUCGACGAGCUUUCAUUUGGUAUAAAAUGCAUUAUUUACUCCAUUUGAAAUUAUAGCAGUACCCCCCCCCCCUCCCCUAUCAAAAUAUUAUUUCCAACCCUGUACAUUACACUGAUACGCCAUUUGCCAUUAAAUAACAGUCGAUCGAAUUAUAUGUAUAAAAAUUAGCGCCUGCUGUGCUACCUCGAAUAGUACUAUUCACUGUUGAUUUGCAUUCUUCUAUUAGCUUUUCUUUGAAAAUAAAUCAACUAUAAUCGCUUUUGUAAGGUAAUUCCUGUUUAAGAUUAACACUUUGUAAGGUUCAUUAUGGAAAAGAACGAUGGUAAUAGUUUCUUUUUUCUUUCCAGUCCGAAUUUGACAUUUCUGCCCAGAAAGCUCAAGCGAGAACAAUAGUAUGAAGUAAUAAUAACGAUUCGAAAUCUAUAUUAGUAUUCAUCUUAAUGGUUUUCAUGAUUGGCUCAUAAUUUCUUAUUACUAUUAACUAGUUGUCUUUGUCAUCACCAAAAAUUAUUGAUCUUCGAUCUUUUUUAACAUCAGUGCUCAUCUGCAAAACACAAACUCAUCAAAAGUCAUAGUAAGAAGACAAAAAUGGCGAUGACAACUGAUCCCGAACAGUUUGAACUUCAAGCAAUUACUUUUGAUAAUGAAUUUUCGGAUGAUAGACGAUCAAUAAUUGGCAAAGACGUCGAUAGGAGAGAUUUAGCGUACAACUUUGACGCACUUCAUCUUAACUUGGAUGUAGAAGAAAGACUUGAUCUACAAUAAGGGAUAGUUCCAAUAGAAGAUUCUAAUAAUAGACUGGAUUGUCCUAUAACAAAAAAUCAUCGAGUUGUAGACGUUAUUCCUCACGUAUUAGACUUGACAGAAUUGACUGUUACGAACAAUAUUGCAACAGAUCUCAGUCCUAUUGUUGAGUACGCGAGAGAGCUUUUGCUAUCACUUACCGAAGCAUGAGCUGAACUGGGAAUAACUUUUGAAUCAGUAACUGUAGACGAGCCCUUGGAAUCAGCUUGUAUGAUCGUGUAGCGCGAUCAUUUUCAAUAAAUUCUAACUUUAUAGUUGGAGGAAAGUAAGGUCAACUUAUUCGAUUCGAUUAUCGAGAUUCUGAUCUGAUAAACAUUAGAGAAAAGGCUCGAUUCUCAAUGUACUGUUUCAACACUGAAACAUGAUUGCAAAAAAAGGAUUCUUUCGGUUUAUCUCACUUUAAGUCGCCUCCACAGUACUGUUAACUAGUAUCAAUUCAGACUAGAUAAUAUUGUAUAAUUCAAAUGUGAAAGAAUAUUUAAAGGCGUAUUUUACUUAUCGAUCGAUCAUGUGACCAUUUGUAAAGAGAAUGUGAAAUAUUCAAAAUAAAUAAGCAAUGAAUUUGGUUAGACAAGACAUGAGACUUCUGUUCACGUUUGCUUCCCACUAGUUUGUGUGAAUCAAAUCUAAGAUAUGCCAUAUUUUUUAGAUUUCUCAAUAAUACGCAUGCAGAAGUAUGAAAUAAACAUGCCUGGUAAGAAGACCUUUAGACACUAUAUUUGAUUUCGAUACUGGUCUCUUUCCAGUUCGAAGACAAUCUGCAUGCAAUUAUCAAUUUGAAAACUCAGAGCGCAGGUCAGUACAAAGCUCUGGAUAUUUUUUCUUCGAGCUAUUAACAUGAUAGAAUGAGGGUGAGACAAGGCAAAAGAGAAUGUCUUGUCGUUCACAUCUGACUCACAAGGCAACGAUGAAUAAACGGAGUCACAUUCCUGUUCUUGUGCUUCCAAAACCUCAAACUUCACCAAAAUGUUUUUUCCAUAUAUUCUGUUGUCUGAAAUGGAUAAUUUGAAAUUGUAAUGCUGUAUUCAUAAAACCAAACAUAUGAACAGAAGUACUUCUCAAUACAGUCUAGAAAUUUGAAAGACCUUGGUUUUCCAAGCAAAAUAUUUUCUUUUGCUCAGGAACAGAUAUGCUUUUAUCUCCUAUCUCCUAUGGUGAAAACCGCAACUCUUUACGAUGUUUCUAUCAAAAUCUAUUCUAAAAAGACUCACCCAUCUUUUUCUGAGUACGCAUUAAUCUAAUCAAAUCUUAUAGAAUACGAAAAGCUAUUAAAUCCUAUCGGAAUUCUUAUCAUUGAAUUUUGAUAAAUUACAAUGAAAUUCAAAUCAGAAUUUGACAGCAGGAUCAUUCGUUUUAAAUGAAUACACAUAUUGCCCUUCAUAAGAAAGCGGAAACGUGAAUUAAAAAAAGGACAGAACACAUUCACCUGUUAGUAACUAUCGACUAAUUAAAGAAAAGAUGAAUAGUUGACUAAAUCUCAGCGAUAAAUCAAGACACAGUCACAAAUCUAUAGAAACGAUAGUCUACCUUUGAAUCAGCUUGAUUUCAAAGAAAACUAUAUGACUCUGACAUUGAAAAUUAUCUCUCUGUCAUUUAUUUUCUUUAUUUUAUGUUGGAUAAAACGAGACAAGCUAUAAAACUGUGUCUGCUAUAGUCCGAUUACACUCCAUCUUUUACGUCAUCCAUAUUGUGAAGAUUGAAUACUUUUCUAUCCAAGAGGAAAUAUAAUUCAGCUGUUGAUUAGGUUUCUCAGUUCGAUCUACAAGAAAGUAAUAUUUCUUUAUCAAACUCGAUUCUUUCGAUGUAUUCUUGUAUUAUUAAUUCUUACUGUGAUUAUUUAUUCGAUUUGGAAAUCUACGUUCAUAUCCACUUAUGAACAUGAAGAUGAUGGUAAAUAAUAAUUGAAUAAAAUAAUGAAAUCUGUUUGUUGUUUUUUUGUUAGUCAAUAUUUAUGAAUUUGUACCAGAUUUUUAUCGUCGUUUUGUUCUGAACAGUUGUAAGACUUAUACUGUUACAGAUCUUAUUAAUAUAACAAAACUAUCGAAUAACAACAAAAAUGAUACAUUAAAUUCAGCUGAAAAUCCUAUUCAUCUUAUUAGUCAAUGGUAUUAUGAAACAAAUAUUCGACGACGAAAAGAAUUAAUAUCUGUUUUAUAUAUGAAUGUUAUUAAUGAUGCUAUAUCAAAAAUUCAUUUUAUACAAAACUCAAAAUCAUGUACGGUAUUUAAUGAUAUUAAAAUUGAUAAAUAUUUUCCAACUGAUAUUUUGAGAUCUAAAUUAAUUAUUUAUUAUGAUGAAAAUUUUAAUAGUAAUCAACGAUUAACAACAAAUCAAGCACUUCAAUAUGCAAAUCAUUUUAUUACAACUGGUUAUACAAUAUUACUUAACUUGGAUAUUUUUUUCGAUCAAUCAUUAGCAAUUUUAAAACAUCGUACUUUAUUUGAUAAGAAAAUUAUUUUUUAUUUAUCUCGUUAUGAAGUUGAUCUAUCGUUCACAACGGGCGUAAAAUGUUCAAAUGAAUACUAUAAGGGAAGUCAUGAUGCAUUAAUUUUCCAAACACCAAUACCAAACGAUGUUAUAGAGAAACUUCCAUUUGAAAUGGGAACAUGGUUUCUUGAAGAAAAAAUUAUCCAUGAACUUACACAAGCAAAUUAUACAGUCAGAAAUCCAUGCAAAUCAAUAAGAAUAUGGCAUGUACAUUUGAGUCAAGUACGUCAUCGAUUAAUGCCAGCGAAAAAGUACUUAACUCCUGAACUUCGGAGGCAAGCUUUGCGUUACCCGGAGUUUUUGUGA